AUUAAUGCUUCCACAUCUUCCCCAACCAAUAUUUAAAUUCCAGACUUCCACAGUUGCAUAAUUGUUUUGGAGUCAGCUAAGAGGGUGUGUUAGAUCUGUCCUCCUGCAUACGUGGCUGCAUGUGUGCAUUGGUCACAAGAGAACACACGAAGACAGCAUCAGAACAGUCGUUCCCUGUGAGGUAUGUCAAUCAUCAGCCACUUGCUGCUUGUUUCAUCCUUGGUGCCGCUGGCACUGAGCUACCCCUUCUACCUAACAACGUGCUACUCUAAGGCUCUGAGCAUGAAGCGAGAGGUCACCCAGAUGGCCGCACACCUCAAGAGAGACCCUGAAACUAGUUUGUGCAUGAGUCACAUGCCAGAACUGUAUAUUGACAUCCAUAAUGCCUGUGUGAUGUACAAACUAUGGACGUAUAUCUCCUUGGUGGAAGGCCUCAGACAGAGGCGCUGCGCUUACACCAGAGAAGUGAGGAAGCUGGAAUACAGUCUGCGCACACUCUUCAUCAUUCUGGGAGAGAAAUGUCACGGGGACUUGCUGUUCACCACCUUUGACUGUGCUGCUCUGGAGCGUUAAGUUACCAGAAGAUGAAACUGCAGAAAUAUUGCAGAAGAAUUUGAGAAAAGAGCUCAGAAGCUCAACUUCUCUUAUCACCUGAGUCACAUAUGUAAAAUCUACAUAGUUAAAAAAAACAAAAUGAAAAUAUUUUUUUCUUUUUUUUGUCUGCUAUGGACUAUUUUAUACUGAUAACUGCUACAUCAAAUGUGAUAAAAUCUAUCAUUAAAACCCUAUUCUCAUUUCUCAUGUAUUAAUUUUUGUAGAAACAUGGCUUAAGAAUAGUUCACCCAAAAAUGGAAUUUUGUUUGUUGACAUAUUUCCCAGACUUACAUAAGUGGGAAACAACAAUUUGUAACCAGCCCAGUCAUUCUCCUGACCCAGCUGUACUCCUUUAGCUUUAGCCUAGCAUAAAACACGGUAAGUGAAUGGGACCAACUAGCAUUGUGAGAAAAAAGUCAGUAAAAUCUCUCAGUAGUGAUACUAAUUCUACUUGGUGACCCAAAUAUCAGCUGCUUGUGAAAAUAAGAAGUAACAUGAAGGAAUUAUAGGCAACAUUUUAUGGCAAAAUACAACUGUAAGCUUCGGCCAAAGGGUGCAAGGACAUGGGUUGAUAUGGCAACCCUUAAUGCUGGUACACAUUCUUGAAUUACAAACAUAACUUCCUCAAACUACUGUAGGUAGCAGCUCAUGCAUCUGUUAUUUUUCUUUGUCUAUAAGUGUGUUGAGAGGUUGGCAAGCAACGUGUGGAUGUGUUUACGGAAGUAGGUGACUUUGGGGCCGCUGCGUGAUGAUGUCCUUACAGCUUACAGCUGUGCUUUGUCAUAAAAUGGUCCCAACUUUUUAACUGGUACCUGGAAUUCAUUUGUAUUACUUUUUAUUUUCAUAUGCAUAAUACAUUCACAUAAAGAUGUAUUCUCAAAAUGCUAGUUGGUCCCAUUCACUUACAGUGCUUUAUGCUAAGCUAAAAGAAAAAGAGUACAGCCGGGUCGAGAGAAUGACUGGGCUGGUUAAAAAUAGUUUUUUUCCCCAAUGAUAUAAAUUUGGGAACUAUGCCAACAGACAAAAUUUCACUUUAGAGUGCAACACCCCUUUAUUCACAGAUGUGUCCUGUAAGAAAAUAAAGAUAACAAUUUUGUGAAUUUAAAUGUUUGUUUCACCCUAAAACUGCCAUGCAAUAAAAUGCAAUAAAUACGAAUGGUUUUAAU